AUGCAGCGGGCCAGAGGCGGUUUUUCUGCAUUCGUGCGAACUGGCAUCAGGGAAGGAGCGAUUGGCAGAGAGGUGGCUUCUGCUGUUGCAACUGCGGGUGUUUUGCUGCUUCUUCGCUUGGGGGUGUCCGGGAUCGCGCGAGGGCGGGGCGAAGGGGAGCAAGGGCAGAAAGGCCAGCAGCAAAGCCCUUUGGUCCGGAGAAUCGGGGACCGGCUUCUGCCCUCUCUCCUGGAGGCAACGCUGUCCAGCGCAGGAGAAGCAGCUCCGAAAGGUCAGCUGCAGCAGAACCGAAAGCCUUUCCGGCACCUUGGAGCCCGGGACGAGCUGGGCAGUGCAAUGCUGCGCGUGUGUCUACUCGGGAGUAAGCCCCACCGAGUUCAGUAG